ACCGGAGAGAGAGCUUCUUCGAACCGAGUCCGAAAAUCCGUCGACUACGAGACGGCGUGCGACACACCCAAGCCACGAAAUGUGCACCUUCGAGAGUUGCCUAGGGCCAACGGCGAGCCUUCGAAGCCGCGUUCGACGCGCUAGAUCAAUAACCACGUCGCGAGGAAAAGCCGCUUGCUCGCUCGCGCACGCGGAAGCUUCUUGGUCGGCUUCAAUAGCCUGCUUCAAGAGUCCGCUUCGUGAACCCUUCGCUCCCUUCUGGCAGCGUGUUCGGAGCGCGAUCGUCACCGCGUCGCGUGAUGUGUCGGCGUUCGUGUAGAGACGUGUCGUGAUGACGGUAGACCGCAAUUGACGAGGUACCAAUCGGUCCACGUUGAUCGACUGUGGUCUCCUUAGUAUACCAAUUUUUACUCAAUAAUCUAUUAAUUAAUCCGGCCUAAUCGACAGUAGUGGUUCCCAGUAGAUGAGCUACUGACGACGGAGCUUGAUUGAUAAUUUACUUAAUUGAUAAUCAUUGUUGCGAUUGUCCUGAAUCUGUUAGCUCUACUAGCUGAUGUCUGCCGGCCGUCUAUACGGCCCGCUAAUUAGUCCUCUUGAAGCUUCUGUAAGCUCAUUUCGAGCGGCGAGUUGGACGAGGAGGAAGUCGGAGUCCGCGUUGGCGAGCGAGGACAGACACACUGUCGCUAGCGAUGGUGUGUCAUGGUAAAUCGAGGCGGCUAUCGAUUUUUUACGUGUGGCUCGUCGGCUUGAAUGUCGAGGAUGAGCGGAAACGUUGCGGUAGAUAUCGGCAUCCGAUGGAUGCGAAAGCCGAUCGAAUCCGGCGGGAUUAAGUUCCAAUGCGAAUUAAAGAGAGUCGAGUUCUAUGAGCUAGCUUCGUCGCGAGUCUCGUCUGAUCGAAACGUCCAUAUCGUGGUCCAUCGAGUACUUUGCGAUGCAAGGAAAAAAUUAGCGCGCGUAUGCUUCGAUUGGUGCGCGCUGUGGAAAUAAAACGACCGCGUGUUAUAAUAGAAUUCUCUCUCUCUCUCUCCGUGUCGGCGAUGGCGUAGAGUUUUCUCGCCUUUUCCGUCGAACUGCUUUCGCCCAGAACUCCUUCGUACAGAAUUAAACGCGCGUACGAAGUGUCCCAGAAUUCCCGAUCUUAUUUUUAGUGGAGGACUUCUUGACGAAUUUGGGUUGCGAUUUUCCUCGCGAAUUAUUUUUGUUGCUAGCCGCCGAUUAUUUUCGAAUUCAGUAAUUGAGAAUAAAAGCAGAAGAUGGAUACGUUCGAAGUGUACUCUCUUCUAGUACUUUAAUAUUAUUAUUAUUAUUAUUAUUAACUUUAUUCCAAGCAAAAGGCAAGGCAUCCGCGAAAGGACUGUUUUGAUCGCCCAUACACGUUCGCCGAUUGCCGAAAUAUUCAACGUAGCGUUGAACAUUUCGCAUUGAGUAACCAGACGUAGCCCAAUCGAUUCCAAUUUCGUCCUGUGGUCCGUAAUUAAAAUUGCAUUUGCGGAUGCUGCCGUGCAUCCUGACGUACAAAUCCGAUAGCUACCGCGAAAUUAUGCGAAUACACAUGUGGAUUCUAUUAUCGACGGUCUCGCCGGCGUUAUUAUUAAUAUUAAAUGCCAUGAGCAGCGGUGUAAGUUUGCGCGGAGCGAGUCGGAGGCGAGUCAGAUCGAAAUCUCAUAAGCCACGAACGAUAGAUCGCUGUUCCACAUAUUUCGGUGUACCUUAUCUUUCGCCGAAAGUCCCAUCGAUCAUACUACGGCCGAUAUGGACACGGUUCCUCUGCGCGCAGCGCACACGACACACACACACACGUCCAAAAAUGGAAGCUGACACGUGCGGAACUUUUUCUUGCGGAAUCAGUCCGUGUCCUUCGGGGCGGAAUGAGAUUUUUCCGCGCUGCUCCUCGUGAAUGGUGCAUCAGCGAAGGCAUCGCCAUUCAUGCCGCUCACAAAACGACUUAUCGACCAUGCCGUAGGUGUAUACAUAUGUAUGGGUCGUGUUUCGACGCACGGGAAAAUCCGCGUUUCCCCCGACAUUUACCGCGGCGCGCGGUAAUUCACGAGCAAGUGUAAGAUUCAAAUUGAAUUUAUGCGUUGGCUAAUGUACGCGUUCGAAAUCUCAUUUAUACUCGAAGCACUUCGUUCGCUCUGGUUGCUGUGUGAAGGCCGCGGUACGUAUUCCAGAUAUUGUGCAUUCGGUCGCGCGUGAGUCCUUCGCGAUGAAUUCGGAGUAUGUUUUCUCAGGUAAAAAUACACUAGAUGGUACUCAUCGAGGCAACGUUUCCAAUUCUCAGCGAUCGUUGCACCAGAGUGUGUGAGCAGGCUUCGAAUAAAAUUUCCGUCGAGAUAAAAUCGCGCCGAAAUUAAUGUUCAUUCCACAUUCUUGACACUCGGAUGGCCGGGUGUCUUCAUUAUUUUUGUCGCUUGGAAAUCAUUUCUGUCCCCCGAGGGGAAAAUUAAAACGGUCGUUAUACUCCUCCAACUUUUUCUCUACGGCGCCUGCUGGGAAAUAAGACACUGAGAAGUCAUUUCUGCGCACUCUUAAUAUACCCGAGGCUCCGUGUAUCAAACAGGCCGCUGCAACAUCUGCUGUAAUUAUUGAUGCAGCAAGACGAAAUAAUUUAUUUCGAGGUAGAGCAAGAAAAAUUCCGUCGGUCGUACGUGAACUCUUGCACAUUGCGAGACAACAUUCGUCGUGAAACGCUGUAAUCUGGCAUAACGCAAUGUAGAGAGUGCGAGUGUAUAUGCUGGUAAAUAGGACGGCGAAAAUCAAUAUAUUUAUUCUUUCACACGGUUCGAUACAGGUGGUACUCCAUGACGUACCGGCUGAAUCUUGAUAAAAAGUGCGACCUCGCGUUGAAGGAUAAAAAUAAUAUCCAGGCGUUUUACGAGUAGGUCUAACUUUAACCUUCUUACUAACUGCCCUAACUGCGGUCCACGUAGAGAUCCGGAUAUGUAACGAAGAACGGGAAGAGCGGCACACGCGCGGCGCCACCCUGAAAAUAAUCGUCCUCGCAUAUAUUUUCGCGCGCUUAAAAUAAUGUUUCAUCGUCCCGGUCUGUUUUCACUUUCGCGCCCCUCUUCCUCGCGAUAUCGUACGCACCGUGAAAACUAUGCGAAAAAAGACCUCUAUUUUUUUUCAACACAUAGAAAUAAAAAACGAACGUACGGAAUAUGUGAACGAAGGGUACUAUGAAAACGCACGGUGGAAAAAUACAUUGCGAGAGAGAAUGAUAAAUAAAAGGUAGACUUCCCGCUUGUGAAGACCGUUAUGGAAAUGGGAUUGAUAGAGGCGACGCGCGCUGCGAUGAUAAGUGGAUCAAUGAGCGCCAUAUUUAAUAAAUAUAGAUAAAGGAGCACAUCAUUAUCAAGCUAAAAGCAUCGGCAUAUGUCUAAGAAUUCGAUUGACACGCGAUUUCCAAUCAUUAGCCGGAGGGCUUUCGACUGCACCAGAAAUAAUAACAAAAUUUCUGACGAACAGCGCGCUUCUAAAAAUAACGUAACUUGUUGUAAACACGACACGGGCAUUGGAGUGGCUGUAUUUAGCGCUGAAUCAGCUCAUUAGAACGGAAAGCUUAUAAUAUUGAUAUUUAUGUCGCCCUUAAAGUCACACCAUCGGGAAAUGUCGGGAGUCUCCGAUGUGCGUGUCUUCGUUCGGACUUCCAGGCACAAUAGGUGUUCUCUUCCCCGGAAAUACAGGGAAACGCGAUAAAAUCGAGUCCGAUUAAUUGUCCAUCGUAACAAGUCGUAACAAUUAUUUCGAUCAAUUAGUCAGAUGAUCAAUCAGUGUGCUUCAAUCGUUAAUAUUAUUGAACGGUUAACGAACGGAUCCCAGCGGCAUGCAAAAAAUGUGCAUCGAUGGCAUGCCGGUAAUUAGCGAAACUGAACGUUAUGUAGCGUCGGUUAUCGAUCUCCUAUAAGUUCCACGGACAUAUCGCGCAUGAAUCCUCGUACACAAGCGGCAGUAUUUGACGAUUAAAGCCCUAAUUAAUUGAUGCAUUUCAGGGGGAAGACGUUCGAGUCAAUUUUAUCGAACUCAUUUUUCGAUAGACACAAAUUUAUGUGCAUCGAGGAAAUAGGAGGAAAAAGAAAAUAUACUUUAUGAUUUUAAUGACGAAUUUUUCAACAAGUUUAUAGUUUAUUCAUUACCGAUUCAUUGAACUUGAAUCGAUCUUAUUUCUCUCUAGAAAGAACGGAUGAUAUAAACUUAAAAUAUUUCAACCGAAAAUAUAUUAUUUUCACGGUAGCCCGAUUGAAAGUAUCGUAAUUGGAUUUUCGAGCAUUUUUUCAGUCUCAAUUAUCCCUCAAUGUCAUUUUUCCAUCGUAGUAUGCCUCAGGAAAAAAAUUUUGCAACUGUAAUCUCCACAUAUAUACAGGGUGUCUGACAAUUAUUGACACAGUCGAUAUAUGUAACCAGAAUUCAUUAAACUGAACGCGAAAUUUUUCUUUCCUACCAUUUCUCAAGCAACUACGCAAACAUUUUGAGUUAUUAAUUGAGGAAAAUUUGUGAUCAUGCGCGAUACGAUAGCUGUGACGUCUACCUUCCCUCCGUCAUGCAUAUUAAGUCAAACUGAAUAAAAAAGUUUUCUACCAUUUUGCAAAUAAAACGGAGAUUUUUAUUUACUAAUAAGAGAAGAUUAGUGCAUAAUUAUGCGCGAUCAUUCUUUUUAAUAAUUAAUAAAUGAAAAUUUUAUAUGGUUGUUUGCGAAGUGAAAGAAAAGAAUUCUGUGUGCAAUUUGAUGAGUUUUAUCCGCACACAACGGAUAUGUCAUGAAUUGUCAGACACUUCUUAUAAUACUCUGGUAUACUAUUAUAGUAGGGAUAUAUUACCGCGUGCUGAACGGGAGAUUAUUGGAAAGAAAGCAAGGGUGAGGAACAAUUUUUUUCGGAGAGAAAUCACAACUUCGCGGUUGCAUCACUUUUUCCGUCGAUUCGCGCGUGUGCUCUUUUUUUUGACACACGAGACAGAGCGUGUAACGCGAGGCAGCGCGCGGUAUAUUAAGCCGCAGCUCGUUUCAGCUUGUACGCGAAUCCGGCUUCGAGUCAAUCUGGAAAAUGUGCACCGACUGCACGCCGCUAAUUACCAAAACCGAACGUUACUGCACAGCGCCGGUUAUCGAUCUUCGCGCGUAUAAGUUUGGCGGAAAUUUCGCGUCGCGGCUGCGGCGCAAUCCUCCUGUGCCCCGAAUCCUCCUGCUUCUCCACCACCACGACCACGACCACCACCACCACCUCCACCUCCUGCUCUUUCCCUUCCCCCUGCUCCCCGUGUGGUGCCGUUUCGAAACUUUUCCCCGUGGGGCGCGUUUACGUGAUCCAAUAAGUUAAUCGCCCGUACCGGCGCCUAUAGCGUUCGGCUGCGCUGCGCUUACAUGCGGGAUUAGUACCUAACUUGAUAAACUCUGCCGUGUUACGUAAGCCGCUAUCCGAUCGUUUUCACCCUUAACGUCCCGACCUGCGGGAUCGCUCAUAAUUCUUUGCCGUCGUUUCCAUCAUAGCCGAGCGUGUUAUUUAUGAGCGCUCAGAACAUAUAUCCAGCUUCGAGUCGAGUUCCUGUCGGGCUCGAUGAUAUCGAUAGGGAACAUCCUCGUGCUCCCCGGUGCGAAGGACACAGGAGGAUACGAGAUUGGACAUAGUCCGCGAUCAUGUUCGCCCUUAACUCUUAUCGACGUCUUUUUUUCCCGACGUCCAAUCUUGUUCGCGAAUGUUCUCGUUUCAUGUUCAAGUCAAUGUGUCGUUCGCGUCGAAUAAUUAUGUUACGAGUAUUCGUAAUACAAUCCUGCGAAUUUUUUGUCGCGAAGGAUACAUAUAGUGUAUAAUGGCAUCGGAGAGGAAGAUACGGAUACGUAAUAUCGUCGUCUACAAAACUCGAAGCCAGAAAUCCGAAGUUUGGUUCAUAAAAACGAGUCAAUCUCGCGUCCGACCGUUACAUUUUCUCUCUGACGUAAGCUUCUGACCUUAACUCUAGAUUAUUAUGGUUAACAUCGUGGAGAAAAGGGAACAUUACGGCGGCAACUCAAUCGCGACAUAGAAGGCUUAUGUAACUGAACAGAUUGGUAAGAAGCUUCAAUUACUUACUUUCGUAAUGAGUGGAAAAAGAAAAAAAGUCUGGACUACGAGCUAGAAAAUGGAAGAAUCUCGAAGAAUAUAUCCUGUUAUAUCCUUCUUUUCUUUUGACUCGUUUUCUUUCAUUUCGCAGCGUGAAUGAAUGUGUAUUAAAUUUCUGCCUUUCAUUCGAUAUCACGGAGAUUAAUUCACGGAAUAUUAAUUUAAAGUUACAAUUAAUUUUUUUAACCACUCGACACAUAUUUUUGCUGUUAUGCGUGACUGCGCUUAAAUUCCGAUUAUUGCGUUUUUAGUGGAUAAAGUUCAGUGCGCGAUGUGUUUUCACUUAUUAUAUACCCAACUCAUUAUGUAUUCGAUAAAUAUGGUGUUUCUAGCGUGAGCUCGCCUCAGUUCUCACUUCAGCUAUCAGUAUACCCAUAUAAUUCGCAAUUAUUCUUCGUAAUACCAAUCGCGUGAAGCGUGCGCGCAUGUUUCGCGAGACGUUUCGCGAUUCUCGCAGCGCAAAUGACGCCGCAGUUGUUGCCCGCGAUCGUUUCAACCUCGAUGCCAUUAUCUGCAUUAUUUUAAAUCCCUUUUGCGCUGGACGUUACUUUGCUAUCGCUAAAUAUUCAUCGUGCGCGCACGAGUGUACACGCGCGUGUCUGAUAACGGCUACUACACAGUGCUCCGCCAUCGAGUAUCCGCGUUUUACGUCUCGCACGGAAGCGGUAUUUCACUUUCCCGGCCGACGAAUCGCGUCCUGUAUCAACGUCGCCACGGAAACAUUUGCAUUUCUGGGUUAGGCAUUAACACGCCCGUAUACAUGUGCCCCUUCGUACGCGAGCCGGGCGCGUAUUAUUACAAUGCGUGACGAUCACGCGAGGAAGCCGAUUACGUGCCGACGAAGUCGGGCCGAUUUUCGUCUGGAAAUUGGACCGGAAAUCACGCUGUGCCGAUCAGAUCGCCUUAAUUAUAUCGUGUUGCAUUCAUUAGUAACAUUAUUCUAUGGAGAGUAUGCUUACUUUACUUCCUACUGCCAUGAGUUUUCGCGCAAUUCCUCCGUCUUAUGACUUCUUGCACGUUAUUACGCGACCCUCAAGAUCGAUGGCUUAUUAUUAAUUCAGCAGUACUCGGAACUCUGAUUUUCUACACGCUGGAGAGUCUCCAUUGUUAUCUGGCACAAUGGUGAUAAGGCAAGGUCCGAGAUUUGGCUUUCGGAAAUACGAUGUGUGCCAAUAACUCGCCAGGUAACAAAGGGUAAAUCACCGCGCGGCGAUUUCUAGAUUCUCCCUAAGCUACGAGAUGUAACGAUUUCUUUCUCUGCUCACGCGAUACUCGAAGAAAUCUGCGAUGUUCGUAGCGAUGUGGGAUCACGGCGAAGGAAGCGCAUCUCCUCAGGUGCCUACACGAUGUGGGGAAAAUGUGAAACAGAAGAUACAUUGACGUUAGAAUCCAGUGAGUUGCAAUCCACACGCGAUAUCGGCGAUUAUCACUGAACUAUUUUGCUCGAACGAGAAAUUCAAAAAGUCCCUCGCAAUUUCCCCGAAUUUUUUCGACAGCCUUCGGCCUUCUUCUCGACUCUCUCCCCGAUUUUCCAGCCCCGUGGCAACCCCGCUCGCUUGCCUGGCGUUAAACACGCGAUGCGUGUCCGAUGUGUGCACGCGUGCGUACACGAAGCGCGAGUGAAUCGCGGAUAUAGCUUGAGAGAAAGGGAGAGAGAGAGAGAGAGAGAGAGAAAGAGGAGGAAGUGGAGAGAAGGACGAGCCAGAGACAAUCGAUAUGUUUGCACUGUGACGGCCACGCACGUCUUUCUUCCGUUCCAGUUCGCUUCCUGCAUUCGUCGGGCGCGCAGUAUUGCACGCGGAAAUCGAUGAUCGUGUCUGGAGAAAUUCCAGACAACAGUCGCACCAACACACGCACGCACGCGCGCAUACACACGCGUAUACGCAGUCCGUACAAGUACGUUCUUCUCGAGGUAGAAGAAAAGGAACAGUUCCAGUUAGCGGAAGAGCGCGCGAGCAGCACUACCGGAAGUAGUGAACACGACGGCUCCGUAACCACGUGAAGCGGCUGGGCCUCCUGCGACGGGGGGGUCGAGGACCGCGUGCCCAUCUCCUCAGAGCGUCCCUUAGACGAUGAUAGACCCAAGUUCGUCCGAAGAGGAGAGCGAGGAGGAUCAGAGCACCCACCAUGGCGGCGGCGGUGGUGGCGGCGGUCGUGCUGGGAGCGGCAGCUCCCACGGCUCUCGCCGCCAUCCCGGUAGCGUCGGCAGUGGUCCGGGCUCUGGUAGCGUCGGCUCGCUCGCCUCGGGUCUCACCGCAUCGCCCGGUGGUCCGAAUCAUGUUGGUCCACCGGGCUCCGCGGGUGCUCAUGGAUCUGGGGGCCGCGCUGGGAGUGCGGCGGGUCAGCAGGACGCCGGUGGAGCCGGCCUGGAGGUGCCCAAUCUCUCCAGCGCUCGGAACUCCCUGUCGCCGUCGAUGAGCGCGACUCAGGACGCCGCCAACUACGCCCAGAGGCCGACGAGUCCGUCACCGUCGGUGGCCAGCGAGAAGACAGAGGCGGAAUUGCAGGAUAAGCAGGAGAGGGAAGAGGUGGAGAGGAAGACUCGAAUUCAGCUUUACGUCUUCAUAUCUAGAUGCAUCGCUUAUCCGUUCAACGCUAAACAACCGAUGGACAUGACGAGGAGGCAGAUGAAAGUCACUAAGCAACAAUUGGAAACGAUAUGCUCUCGUUUUCAGAGUUUUUUGAAGGGCGAGAUGCAGAUCAUGGCGGACGAGGCGUUCCAGAACGCCAUACAGAAUUACGUCGACGUGUUCUUGAAGUCAGAAAGAGUAGUGCAAAUGGUGCAGAGCGGCGGAUGCUCCCAGCUCGACUUCCGCGAGGUUUUCAAGAAGAACAUCGAGAAGCGUGUUCGGAGCCUCCCGGAAAUCGAUGGACUGAGCAAGGAGACUGUGCUUACGUCCUGGUUGGCCAAGUUUGAUUGUAUCUUGAAAGGUACUGGUGACGAAGACACCAAGAGGCCUUCCAGGACGCAACAGCAGUCUUUGAACUCGGAGCUGAUACUGUCGAAGGAGCAGCUGUACGACAUGUUUCAGCAGAUCCUCGGCAUCAAGAAAUUUGAGCACCAGCUUCUGUUCAACGCCCUCCUGUUGGAUUCAGCCGAUGAGCAGGCUGCCGCCAUCAGGAGGGAGCUGGACGGUCGCAUACAAAAGGUCAACGAGAUGGAGAAGAACCGCAAGCUCAUGCCCAGGUUCCUCGUAAAAGAAAUGGAGUCGCUCUACAUCGAGGAGCUCAAGUCGUCUAUCAACCUACUAAUGUCAAAUUUGGAGUCGUUACCGGUCUCCAAGGGUUCGAUAGACAGCAAAUACGGGCUGCAGAAGCUGAAGCGCUACAACCAUCGUGGUGAGCGCUCCCGCUGCCGCGGUCAGGGUUCCCUCGCUAAACUGGAGGGCGACUCCGCUGAUUCCGAUCCCCAGCUGACGAAAAUGGACGUCGGCCUGACCUUCCAGCUGGAAGUAGUCGUAAUGGAGGUCAAAGGCCUCAAAAGCCUAGCAUCCAAUAGAAUAGUUUAUUGCACCAUGGAGGUGGAGGGCGGAGAGAAGCUACAAACUGAUCAGGCAGAGGCCUCAAAGCCCAUGUGGGAUACACAGGGUGACUUCACCACGAUGCACCCGCUGCCUGUGGUCAAGGUUAGACUGUACACCGAGAACCCGGCAAUGCUCGCACUCGAGGACAAGGAGCUCGGCAAGGUGAUACUGCGCCCAAAUCCGUUGUCCAGCAAAGUGCCCGAGUGGCAUCGCAUGACCGUACCCAAGAACUGCGCCGAUCAGGAUCUACGUAUGAAGAUCGCAUGUCGUAUGGAUAAGCCGCUCAACAUGAAACACUGCGGCUAUCUCUUCGCGAUGGGCAAGUCCGUAUGGAAAAAAUGGAAGAAGCGGUACUUUGUGUUGGUCCAAGUCUCGCAGUACACAUUUGCGAUGUGCUCGUAUAAAGAGAAGAAGAGUGAGCCGUCGGAAAUGAUGCAGCUGGAUGGCUAUACAGUGGACUAUACCGAGGUCGUUUCUGCUAAUCUCGUGGUCGGCAUGGAUUUAGAGGGCGGAAGGUUCUUCUUCAACGCCGUACGCGAGGGCGAUCACAUAGUGUUCGCCUCGGACGACGAGAACGAGUGUCACUUGUGGGUGAUGGCGAUGUAUCGGGCGACCGGUCAGUCGCACAAGCCUACCCCACCGGUCUCGGUGGCCGACAAGAACUCCACCAUCAGCAAGAUCCAGGGCGACGCCGACCGGGCGAAGAAGCAUGGCAUGGAGGACUACAUAAGCGCCGAUCCGUGCAAGUUCGACCACGCCGCUCUGUUCAAGUUCCUGCAGAACUUGAUCCUGGAUUACAGACUGAACGAUCCCUACUGCUCGCUCGGCUGGUUCUCGCCCGGUCAAGUUUUUGUGCUGGACGAGUAUUGCGCCAGAUACGGCGUGCGUGGGUGCUUUCGGCAUCUUUGCUACCUUAACGAUCUGUUGGACAGAAUCGAUCGUGGGAUCAUGAUAGAUCCGACGUUGAUACACUUUAGCUUUGCCUUUUGCGCCACUCAUGUUUACGGUAACACAACUGAUGGUGAGGGCUCGAUCACCCACGAGGAAAAAGAUAAGUUUCAGGAGAUCAAGGAACGGCUGAGACUAAUUCUCGAGAAGCAGAUCACCAACUUUAGGUUCAGUUUUCCGUUCGGACGGCCUGAAGGCGCGCUAAGAUCAACCUUGUCUCUAUUAGAACGCGUCCUGAUGAAGGACAGCGUGGUGCCGGUGCCGCAGGAGGAAGUGAAGGAUUUGAUACAGAGAUGCCUGGAAACGGCGGCGAUUGUUAAUUACGGGAGAUUGUCCGCCAUGGCGAAGCUCGACGACGAUCUUAGCGGCGAGGUGUGUGUGCCUCCCAGCAAGAAGCUGGAGGACCUCAUCCGCCUCGCCGAGCUGUGCGUCGACUUGUUGCAGCAAAACGAAGAACAUUAUUCGGAGGUUGUACCGCAGGCGUUCGCCUGGUUUAGCGAUCUUAUGGUGGAGCACGCCGAGAUCUUCUGGUCGCUCUUUGCCGAAGACAUGGAUAAAAUUCUGGCCGAGCAACCACCAGACACGUGGGACAGCUUCCCGCUGUUCCAGAUAUUGAAUGAUUAUCUCAGGACAGACGACAAUUUGAAGAACGGGAGGUUUCAUCAGCAUUUGCGCGACACGUUCGCUCCAUUGGUGGUGCGUUACGUUGACUUGAUGGAAUCGUCGAUCGCCCAGUCAAUUCACAAGGGUUUUGAGAAGGAAAGAUGGGAGAUCAAGGGUAACGGCUGUGCCACUUCGGAGGACCUUUUCUGGAAGUUGGACGCGUUGCAGUCGUUCAUCGGCGGGCUGCACUGGCCCGACCAGGAGUUCCGGCAACACCUCGAACAGAGGCUGAAGUUGAUGGCAUGCGACAUGGUGGAGUCAUGCAUUCAGAGGACCGACCAAGCUUUCCAACAAUGGUUGAAGAAGGGUGUGACUUUUACCUCCACAGAUUACAUUAUACCAUCGGAGAUGUGCGCUAUGGUGAACGUUAUUUUGGACGCCAAGAACCAGAGUUUUAAGCUUUGUACUGUCGAUGGUGUCGACGUGCAUCAGUAUCAUGCCAAGAUUGAUGACAUGAUCGAAAAGACGUCAGCGGGAAUGAAUCAAGGAAUGAUCAACAAGCUUGUAACGGUACUAGAAACGACGCUCUCAAAAUUGUCUCGUUAUGAUGAAGGUUCCCUCAUCGGUUCCAUUCUCAGUUUUACGAAGGUAUCGGGAAGUGGAAAGGAAAUGGGACAAGCCUACGUAAAUUUCACGAGGAACUGCAUGGAUCAGAUUCGCAGCAAAGUCCUCGACGAAUUGUGGAUCCUGACUUUCUUCGAGCAAUGGUACACGGCGCAGAUACAAAUGCUGUGUAAUUGGUUGUCCGAGAGACUCGAUCAUAGCCUGCACCUGUAUCAAUGUACCUGCCUAGCUCACAUCGUGAAGAAGGUCUACUCGGACUUCGAACUUCAAGGUGUAAUGGAGGAGAAACUCAACUCGAAGACAUAUCAGACUAUAUCCAAGAGGAUGCAAACGGAGGAAGCAACUUGUGCCUUAACCAUGAGCGCUCAGAAUGAAGAGGGGCUUUCGGAGAAUGGUAAUGACGACGAGGUGGAGAGACCUAAGACAAAAGUGACGAUCGUUGAGACGAUAACGGGAGAUGACGCGAAUUACGUGGCCAAUCUGAGCAACGUCACCUCGAACGUUGUUGGCAAAGUCGGUAGCAUGUUCGGCAAGGGCAUCGGCGGUCUUUCUACAAAAUUCGGCGGAGCCACUAGUUGGUUCUAG